GGAGAGGUGCGGCGGACCAAAUCACAUCGUUGGGGACUAAUAAUGUCAGGCAGACGAGCAGCAGGAGUGUCCACGCGGACGGUGCCACAGGUUUAACGCACGCCUCGCGUUUCCGCACAACUUUGGCCAAGUCAGUGGAGAGCUACCAAGUUAAUGCCCUUACAAGUUGUGGAGCAGACGGGGGGAAAGGAGUCUGAUCACUAUUUUUAAACGUGAGAUUUUUGGGGGGGCGUGGACGCGAGAGGAGCAUUGAGCAGCAUGUCGGCUCUGGGCUGCAGCGGUGCUUUGGAGAUGAGCAGGGACGAGCUGGAUGAGCCGGGCUGCGCGUAGACGGAGACUCCGGACGCGGAUCUCUGCCGCCACUUGUGCGCAGUCUUUUUUCUUCUGCAUGAUUUUGGAUCUAUUUUAUUCUGUCGUUGUCUGCACAGGAGCUCGGGGGGCCGCUGCAAAGCCGGCCCGCGUUACGGAUGAGCUGUGAUUACGCAGCUGAUACGAGUGACAGUUUGAGGAAGCCUCUUUGCGCACCGCGACCCGCCGCGGCUCACUAAAACUGAUCCCCAACGAAACGUGUGCGAUUUGAAUCAGUCUCAAAUAAAGCUCAAGAGCUCUUCCUUUUUCUAUAUUUUACCAAGUGUUACUCAUUUGGGACAGAGUCAGAAAAAGCAUUAAGUCAGUUUUUGUUAUGUUUCUGCCAGGUUGGGUAUGAUAACCCAAGCCUUUACUAUGGAUUAUCCACGAAUUGUUUAAUUCAUUUUUUUGGACACGCGUAACAAUAGAAAACAAAAAAAGCCCAGUGACACUGGCAGCAUUAUAAUGCGUUUGAAACAGUGAAUGUGAAAGUAAGAGCCAGCUCAGCUUCUCCUCAUUCCUGAGUUGUAGCCGACUUGGCAGCAGCCACCAUGACCAGCAGCGGACCUGUCAUCGUGUACGAGUGGCUGAAGACGCUGCAGCUCUCCCAGUACGUGGAGCCGUUCGUGGACAACGGCUACGACGACCUGGAGGUCUGCAAGCAGAUCGGAGACCCCGACCUGGAUGCCAUCGGCGUCUACAUCCCUCACCACCGGCAGCGCGUCCACGAAGCGGUGAGGAGGCUGAGGGAGGAAGCCAAAGAGACGGCCAGCGGACUCUACUUCACUCUGGAGCCCGUGUCACCCGCGGCCGAGGUUCACACGGGCCACGUGGCGGAAUACGAGUCCAAACUGCGGGGGUCCAAGUCCUGGACCGAGUCCUGGACCGAGUCCAACAGCGGUGACCGGCUCGGGCGCAACGGCGGGUACGUGCAUGGCGCGCAGAGGAACCUGACGCUGGGCAACAGGAGGGAGCUGCUGGUCUACCCCAAACUCAAGCUGAAGAUCAUGAUCAGGGAUAAACUCAUCAGAGAUGGCAUCAAUCUGGCCAGGCCACCCUACUCUAAUAAGGAUGGUUCCCUGGGCAACAUAGAUGACCUUGCACAGGAGUACUCUGAGUACUACAACACCUGCUUUGGUGACGUGAGCGACCGCAUGGAGGAGCUACGCAAGCGCAGAGUCUCCCAGGACCUGGACAUGGAGAAACAAGACUCGACCAGCACCUCUUUGCAACUCCGUAAUGAGAUCCAGGAAUCUCUGGGCUUCAGCAGUGAGGUCUCCACUCCUGAAACAGACAGAAAGAUGUCCCUGCACAAGUCCAGCUCUGAAGAUGGAUCUGGAGGCAAGUGGGACAAUAAGAAGAAAAACAAAUCCUUUUGGCAGAACUUCCGCAAAUCUCAGCACAAACCCGUCACCCGACAGUCAUCCAAAGGGGAGGACAUAGGCUACGUGGCUAGUGAGAUCACUAUGAGCGACGAAGAGCGGAUCCAGCUGAUGAUGAUGGUCAAAGAGAAGAUGAUCACCGUCGAAGAAGCCCUGGCUCGGCUGAAGGAGUAUGAGCGCAGCAGACAGUCCAGCAGUAGUGACACUGCAGAGUGGACUGAUGGAUCUGCAGCCAAUCUAAACCAGUCCGCAACCUGCUACUCACGUGAACAGUCGGACGAUGAGCAGUCCGAGGACUCUGUGAAGUUCAAACGGCUUCACAAGUUGGUUAAUUCCACACGGCGAGUUAGGAAAAAGCUCAUCAAAGUGGAGGAGGGCAAGAAACAUGCCCCUGAAGAGUUUCUGAACCUGGAGACGCCUCUCUCCUGCGAGGACAACGCAGCUCUGUACACGGGGGUUCUGAAGAAGCCCCUUCUGCCCCAGGAGGCGUCUCUCCCCUCACUCACCCACGAUCAGCUGUCUCUAGAUGGAGACACGGACAGCCUGACGACGUCCCCUUCCUCCAGCAGCUUGGACACCUGGUCUGGACACAAACUGGUGAAGACCUUCAGUAAGUCUUCCAGCACCCACGGCCUCAUCCGGCCCCCCAGGAGAACCCCGGCGGGCUCCAGCGCCCUGGGAGGCUCCAACUCCGGCGUGGCGGGCAGCGGCUCCUCCUUCUCAGAGCUCGAAGGGUGCGGGUUGGACGAUGAGGGAAAGCUGUCCCGCUCCACAACAGACGGCGAGAUGAGGAAGGCUCUGAGCUCCAUCUCCCAUGGGAGAACCUGCAGCUUCGGGGGCUUCGAUCUGUCCAACCGCUCCCUCCACGUGGUCAACGCGGGCUCCGAACCCAACAGUAAAGAACAGGAGGCCAUCUACAGAGAAGUGGUCAAGUCCCCCACCACGUCUCGGAUCUCGCUGGGCAAGAAGGUCAAGUCGGUGAAGGAGACGAUGAGGAAACGCAUGUCGAAGAAGUACAACAGCUCCCUGUCUGAGCAGGUUGGACACGAGCACAGCUGGACAUGCACAUGGAUCCAGUCCAGUCCGGAUGGAGCGCCUGGUUCCCCGCAAUCCCCUCUGCCGGAUACGGACUCUCUGGAGAAACCCAAGCUUAAGGCUGGAGGAUCAGUGGAAAGCCUGCGUAGUUCACUCAGCGGACAGAGCUCAAUGAGCGGUCAGACGGUGAGCACCACCGACUCAUCGGCCAGCAACAGAGAAAGCGUGAAAUCAGAGGAUGGAGACGACGAAGAGCCGCCCUACAGAGGACCGUUCUGUGGGCGAGCGCGCGUCCAUACGGACUUCACCCCCAGCCCCUACGACUCGGACUCCCUCAAACUGAAGAGGGGAGACGUGAUCGACAUCAUCAGCAAGCCCCCCAUGGGAACGUGGAUGGGCCUGCUCAACAACAAGGUGGGCACCUUCAAGUUCAUCUACGUGGACGUGCUGAGCGAAGAGGAGGAGAAGCCCAAAAGGCCCCACAGGAGGAGGAGGAAGGGCCGACCCCCCAAGCCCACGUCGGUGGAGGAGCUGCUGGAGCGCAUCAACCUCAAGGAGCACAUGCCCACGUUCCUGUUCAACGGCUACGAGGACCUGGACACGUUCAAGCUGCUGGAGGAGGAGGACCUGGAGGAGCUGAACAUCACCGACCCCCAGCACAGAGCCAUGCUGCUCACCGCCGUGGAGCUGCUGCAGGAGUAUGAUAGCAGCAGUGACCCGGAGCGCGGCGGCCUGUCGGGAUCCCAGGAGAAGCUGCUCUCCGAGGGUCAGGGCCUGACGGGGGACUCUCCGCGGGACUCCGGCUGCUACGAGAGCAACGAGAAUCUGGAGAAUGGUAAGACCAGGAAAGCGUCCCGUUCCAGUCGUUCGUCGGCGGGGCUGCAGUCUCCAGACUACCCGACUUUGCCCAUGACCAUCUCCACCGAGGCCCUGCAGCAGAAUGACAAGAACCAGCGCGCAAAGUUCCCCAAAAGCUUCUUCAAGCCUUCAUUGAAGGCCCUCAACCUGGGCAAAGCCCCGACGCAGGCGCCCAUGUGCGCCAGCCGCAGCUGCGAGGAGCUGGCCGGGCCCCUGCAGCCCCCCGGCCGCUGCAAGCGCUCCCACUCCCUGGGGGAUCUGCGCUUCGGGGGCAGGUUUGAGCAGAAAGAUCUGAACUUGGUGCUCAAGCCUACUAGGGACCUGCCCAAGUCUGGCCACAGCAGCCCCUCCAAGAGCUGCAGGGGGGACGGCUCUCCUCCGGCGGUGAGUCCCAAAGGCAGAGCCGACAGGCCCCCCAUCCCCUCCCAGCUGCCGCUGCGCUCGCCCUGUCCGACCACGCAGUCCUCCAGUCUCUCGAGUCCUACUCCCAGUCCCCCCGACUCAAGCACCAGCGGGGAGAGGGUCAUCCGGACUCAUCCCAAAAAGCCUCCCAUCCCACCUCCCGUCCCUGCCAAGAAAUCUAAGGAGAGACUGGCCAACGGCCUGCGCAUGCACCCGCCGCUCUCCCUGCCUUCCUCGCCCUCCCCGACCGCCUCACCCACACACUUUGUCAACCGAUCUCAGCCCAGCAGCCCCGUGAUCCGCAGCAGCAGCAGCAGCCCCAGCCCCGUCCUCAGCCUCAGCGCCUCCCCGCUGCCGGCCAAGACCCCCAGCACCCCGGCCAGCAACCCGGCCAGCACCCCGGCCAGCCCGUGCGCCACGUCCUCCGCCUCAUCCAUGGGCGAGGAGCCGGGCUCCCCGCCGGCCGUGCAGCCGCCCUGGCUUUCAGAUCUCGGGGGAAAGAUGGCAGUUACGAGGAAACUGUCCCACGCAAAGAUGGGCCCCGACCUGCUCACGCUGCUGGAGCAGCGGCUCCAGGCGGAGGACAUCGACCUCACCGAGGAGCCCUACUCCGACAAGCACGGCCGGUGUGGCGUCCCCCAGCCGCUGGUGCAGCGCUACUCUGAGGACUUGGAGCAGCCCGUCAAAGAUGUGGCCUCCUCUCUGGACCAGCUCAGAGUCAGGGAGCUCCGGAAACAGCACCGCAUGGCUAUCCCCUCCGGAGGCUUGACCGAGAUGUGCCGGAAGCCGGUGCCCUUGGCUAACAUCAGCACCGUCUCUGAUUGGCUCACUUCCAUCGGCCUGCCCAUGUACGCCGCGUCCCUGGCGGCGGCCGGCGUGGACACGCUGAGCCGGGUGGCCUCGUUAACGGAGAGCAGCGCGUGGGAGGCCGGGGUGAAGGAUGGGAGACACGCCCGCCGCCUGCUCACCGAAGCCCGGUUGGUCAAUGCACACAGAGAGGGGCAGUCCUAAUGACGUCGGCGCAACCGACCCGGCGCGGUCCGAACGCUUUCAUUUCAAACACGACCAGCAGGUGGCUGCAGGACUCGAGGACUUCACACGUCUAAGACUCAACACGAGCUCUUCUGUGAUUACAUCUCUUUAUCACUCUGACUUUUCUUACAUGUUUACGACAACAAGGAGUUUCUCCAGCAAGAUAUCAGAUGCCUUUUCAAAGACAGAAAUAAAAAGACUGAGCGGCUCUGUGGGGCGGCCUUCCACUUUGAAGACCCCCGCAGAGUCUUGGAGCUGCCUUUAAGGAAGAAAGCACACUUUUCUAGGAUGGACGUGGGUUUUUUCUGUUGUCGUUUGUUUUUAAAAUCCAGAAAGAUGCUUUUAUUUCCUUCGCAUUUCUUGUGGCAAGGCACCAUAACGUGAGGGUGAAGUGUGGACUAAAUGCAGAUGCCAAACAGUGGACAGCGAGUGGCUUCAAGGUUGCUUCUUUUAUAUCGUAUAUCUGUAUUAUAGCCUAAAGCACAUCUUAAUUCUAAAACAAUCUAAAUAUUAAAAUUUGUGUUUUGCCUUUUUCAAUGUUACAGCCUUCUCGGAGGCCAGGUUAAGCUGACCUUUUCCCAUUUUCUUGUAUGUCUUACUUCACAUCUUGAAUGCUCCCCUUGCUGUAAUAUCGAGAGUCUUAGAGAGGGGUUUUAAUUACAAUCAGGUUUCAGUGAAACAGUACAUUCCCUGAUGUUUAUACGGACAUUUUCAGCUGCCUUACCCGUGCGAAUGAAGUCGACAGAGCUGUGCCGAAGGCAUUUGACCUGAAUGUGCCGUUGGAGUGAAGCGAGGCACUGUCAUCGUCCCACGUGGAGCAGCCUAGGACCACGUUGACAUGACCAAUGCUUGAGGGGGUUGUGGGACAAGAAGGGAGGGAAAAAAAAAAGGAAAAUGCUCCUCAGACGCAACCAUAUCUGGAGUUUAUUAGACUUUCUACACUGUUUGUUUAUCCCGUUGAGGAAUUUGAGUUGCAGCUGAGCGAUGUGCUCCUCUGGAGCGUCCUGGAACUUCGAAUCAGCUUUUGGUGAAGAAAAUCGGACGCCCCUCGAAGACGGCGAAUGAUCCCACAUUCAGCUGACGAGUCUUGAAGUUCAGGGAAACACUGAGUGGGGAAGGACUGCGAAGUUCUGGGGCCAAAAAUCACAAGAAACUCUGUCAGUUGUGCACUCUGCAUGAAAUGGUGUAAACAGAUAUUCCUUUUUUUGUUCCUCAUAUAACACUUAAUAUUGUGUUUUAUUACCAGAACUGAGCUGAACGCUCCUUCCGUGUAUUUCACAUUUGAACCAUCUGUGUAUCUUUUUUUUUUAUUUUCAUUUUUUUGCAGUGGGCACUUGAUGGAUUGAUAUUAGAUGCCUUUCCUCUCUUCAAUCAAAGCGGUGCUCUGGGGAAAUAGGGGGAGGGAGGGGGGCUAUGAUUAAACAAGUAAAAGACCCAAGGAGCGUUCUGGAACGAAUGAAAAUACUGACACUGUAAAUGCACUUUAGAUGGUAAAUCUAGCGGUUUUUAUAGGCAAAAUUGGCUCCGUUUGUUCACAGGUCCUGAAACGGACCCUCGUCAGGUAUUGUAAAGGCUUUCCAUAUAGGUCAUGCUGGUAUUUUCUUUUAGUGUUGACUUCCCAAUGCCAAGUUUAAGAACCAGUCAUGAGUUUUCCACCCGGUUACUCAACUUGCUUUUUCAGUCUAAAAAAAAAACACUCUUGAUUACAUAUAUGAAAUGUUUAGCAGAUAUUGCACAUUCUGUAUAUGUAAUUGAUAUUUAAAUAAUUUAUUUUUUUUCUUUUUGUUUUUCUUCAUAUCGACUGUAAUUAGCUGUACUAUAUGAAUAGCAAUACCUUCCUGCAUAAUGCAUAUUGUUCUAGCCAGUAAGGAAUUACAGUAUGGAUUGUAAAAUACGUGUACAAAUUAUUUUAUUUGCUUUUCAUAUACCUAAUGAUUGUCCAUACAGAUUUACAUGUGUAUUGAAACAACAAAAGUAAUGUCCAUAACUAUUUGUCAUUCUGAGUUAUAAUAAAAAAAACAACUUUUUUCUUGUCACAA